CAGGUCCUGAGAAACCCAGCCACCGGCGUUGAGUCUGCCCGCUCACUGGCCCUGACAUUGUCUGGCUAAAUCGGCUAACCUAGGCUUGGGUCCUGGUAAAGCUUAGGAGACUAAAAGAUUCCCUCAAUCCACUUUCACUUCCGCCGCCGUCAACCUGGUCAAAGUGCAUCUUUGUCUCGAUCGCAAACUCCGGCCAUUUGACAUUACGACUGGCCACCGAGAACACACAGACCUUCGCUACUGUCUGCCACUGACGCUGUCCUCUGGCGCAUGGGCCCUUUUCAGUCUAUAUACCUGUCAGAUCCUUUACGGGCACUAUAUUCCUUUUUGUCCCACACCAUUGUUGGGUCCCGCCUCUUUUUUUCCAAUUUAUCGACGACCUUUACACGUACGACUCACUUCUCUCACCUGCUGUCGACGUCAAUCCCCUUUGCCGCUUCGGUAUAUUCCAUCUGACAGUACUCUGUGUUCUGGGCCAAGAGUCGUCUAGACUGCGCCGUUAUUCUUUCUCUGAGUGCGUGUGAGUGUGUGCGUAUACCUUCAACUUCGCCUCCGUCCACACCAAAGGGAUUCACUCCAGCUCUCGCCGCUCAAGCUGCUGAAUAACCACCCACUGGACCGGGUCAUCGAUAUUCCAAUUUUCUUCAGAUUCUUCCAGCAGUGGCGCCGGUCUCUCGAGCAGAUUCUUAUUGCUCUUGAGAAUGCAGACGGGAAUCCCUACCUCUUCCCGAUAACCCGUUGCAUAUCCCCAUCCAGCAAACCUCUCUUCGCUCGUGUGCGCGCACCUCGAUUCCUCUCUCCCUAAAACACCCAACCUAGUUCCAUGGCCGUGACUAUGGACGGCUUUGAUCCUCUCGCAAUGCCUUACCUACACAGUCCCAUGCCGUUCGCGGACGGCAACCUCCAGAAUCUCGACUAUAUGAGUGUACCAUCUGUGAUGGACCUGCAAGAUCAAUACUCCAACUUCGACUCGGAGCCAUAUAUGAGUGGUGAUGAUAUGAACUUUGCUCCAUCUUCGAACAUGCAGCAUCCCGCUCUACUCAAGCGCUUUUCCUCAGGCUAUGACGAUCCAUUCGCAGAGAGUACGAUGUCCCAGUUUGACCAAGUGCCUCAAGAAGGUGUGGCCGAGAGUCCCUCGAUCGACCGCGACAGCAAGUACCUCAGUUUCUCCAUGCCACAGUAUAACUUCACCCUCCUAGACGACUCGUUCCGGCGGUCUUCUGUAAAUAUCAACGCCCAGCUACAUGGGAUGUUCUUCCUUGCGGAGUCCCAAUGGCCUGCUACACCAGACGCACCACCCCCUCCGCCUGAACUCACAUGUUACCGAAGAAACCUCUUCCAAAUCACUGGCAACGUCACUCUCCCCAGAAAUCUUCGAUAUGUCUUCACCGAUGACGGGUCCCGAAUACCCAUCUACGAACUUGAACUGUCCGUGUCAGCCACCGAAUCAGUCGAGGGCAACCCAGUUAAGAUCAUCUCUGUGCCCUGGAAGACUCCCGCUAGCGGCGAGGCCCCCAAACCCGAAGACAAGGUCGAAAAGGAACCGCCUACGAUACCCCUGGACAAGAUGUCCGGCCAGGACCUCGACACCGACUUCACCACAUUUCCCAUCCAGUGGAAAAGACUGCAGUUCAGAAUAGCCACUGCCAACAACGGCCGUCGGAAGGAACUCCAGCAACAUUUCACGCUACACUUGAAGAUUAUGGCCUCUUUAUCAACGGGCAGCAAAAUCCCCAUCGCCGAAUCGCACUCCGGCGCCGUCAUUGUACGUGGCCGAAGUCCUCGAAACUUUGCUGCACGAAAAGAUCUACCCUUGAGCAGUAGCUCGACAGCACGAAAACAUCUCCCCUCCGCCUCAAGGGCAGGCACCAGCCAGACCUCGGUACCACAAGUGACGUCGGCACCAAAAAUCAAGACGCCUCCCAAUGACAUGCAAGCUUCUUCUACCGUAGGCUACGACAACACCAACACAUCAGACUUCAAGCCCACUCCCGAACUCGACACCGGAAACUGGAUGUCGCAGAUGCCUCCCUCGGAGCCCCUUCCCACACCAUAUACGGCUUCUAUGAACCCGCCGCUCAUGCCCACCUUUUCGCACGACAGCACACCCGAACUAGGCACUCCAGGCACGUUCCCAUUCACCUUCACUCCAGACAUGGGUGCUGGAGGUUCCGGUGCGAUGAGUUUACACUUUGGAAGCGAUGACGAAGGUGGCAACGGGGGAAGUAGUCCAUACCAUCAUCAGCCUGGUUCGAGACACUCUAGCCGUCCUCCUACCAGCAAUCCUAGCCCAUCACUUGUGAAUAAGCAUGGGGCCGGUACAACUCCACCUGCACACCUCCAGCAUCCACACCAUUCACAUGCGAGACCUCGAAUGCACGCCCAUCAGGUCAGCGUGACGAGCGUGCCGAAUUCAACAGCCCAGCAACAGCAAUCUAUGCCACCCGCGCUCAACAACAACGCUCAACAAAUCAUGGCUCAACAGCAGGGUUCUCUUCAUCACCAAGGGGUACAGAGACCCGAACUCGGCCCGACCAAGUCUCUAUCCUUUCACAACAAUGAAGGAGAGAGCGCGGAUCAAUUAUACGAAUACUUUCCUCUCGGUCUGGAUGACUGGAUGCCUCCUGUCGAUGCGGUAUUUAGACCCCAUGUCGUUCAUCAUAGCGGUCCAUUACCGCCCGACCCAAGGAGUCCAGGACGACAUACGAGUAAGAGAUAUUUCUCAGAGGUUGUUUGAUCAGACCGAGACGCGGUGGGCUUGGAAUGUCUGUUUGAGCAUGGCAUUGAACGUUAAAAACCAUUGGUUAUGGCACACAAGCCAGGCCAUUCUCUCCUGCGAAGCAAAUGACGGCACAGCAUGACUACGGAAUACAGGUUACGGGCUACAGCAUGAGCAGCUUUAUGAUGGGUAUUGAAAUGUCACUUACGAUGGUGGGUUACUCGUACGAAGGGAUGGAAGAUGAUUUAUUAUUCAUAUACGGAGUAUUUUUCACUUUUAUGAUGAUACCCAUCUCCGUGAUGUGAAUGACUUGCGAGGUAAAAAAGUAGUAUACUAUAGCAUAUUAUUACGUUUUACCAUUUCUA